AUGGCGCCACCUGCUAUCUAUGGCGAACCAAAGAUUCGAACGGCGGAUAAUGGAUCGGUGUUUCUUGAGGUAGUUGUCACUGGAGUUGACCCAGCCAAAACAAAAUGGAUGUUGGGCGAGAAGCAACUGGAGCAAAACGAAAGAUAUCACUUCAGCUUUUCCGAUGAAGGAGGCAACAGGAAAAAGUUAGCUUGCGAAAUCAAGAAUUUUGAUAAGGAACUUGCUGGAGAAUAUAAGGCCACAUUUUAUUCGGCCGACGGUGAAAACGCCGCCACAUUCACAGUCACCGCAGGAAACGCACCUGAUUUCCAUGACAAGCCACACAUUGUUCAACGGGACAAUGGCAACGUGAUUGCUAUCAAAGUUCGAGCAAAAUCAAACUUGGAAAUGAAGGCCGAAUGGUUCAAG